UCACGGAACUGUAUACAUGAACAGAGCACACCAUUUCUGAAUUAUAAUUUUCUAAACUUUUACAGUCAGUUCUACCAAUUCUCACUAUAAUUUACCUGUCUUCUUCACUUGAUCAUCAACGGAUCGUAACUUGCUGCCAGAUUCCUUCAUCUUCACUUUCUUUACAGGUUUAUCAAUAUUGAUAUGUUUUAGUAACCGAUUUAAGUAGAGAGGUGGUUGGAAGAUGAAAGAGGAGUCAUCUGGACUGAUUAUCGGGAUUUCUAUAGGAGUAGUUAUUGGAGUGUUGUUGGCUCUAUUGACACUCUUGUGUAUCAGAUAUCAUAGAAGACGGUCACAGAUUGGUAAUAGUAGUUCUAGGAGGGCUGCUACUAUACCUAUUCGUGCAAAUGGAGCUGAUUGUUGUACAGAAUUAUCGGACUCCUCUGUUGGGACGGAAUCACCCAAGACUCUUGGUGGGACUGAGAUGCAUUUGUGGCUUGGUGGAUUUAGAAAGACGAAUGUUGUCGCUGCUUCUGGGAUACUUGAGUACUCUUACAAAGAUUUACAGAGGGCAACCUGUAAUUUUACCACAUUAAUAGGAAAAGGUGCAUUUGGUCCAGUUUACAAGGCUCAGAUGUCAACGGGUGAGAUAGUUGCCGUGAAAAUGCUUGCAACUGAUUCUAAACAAGGGGGGAAAGAGUUUCAAACCGAGGUCAUACUUUUGGGAAGGUUGCAUCAUAGAAAUCUAGUGAACUUGGUGGGAUAUUGUGCUGAAAAGGGUCAACAUAUACUCAUCUAUGUCUAUAUGAGUAAAGGCAGUCUAGCUUCCCACUUGUAUAGUCAAAAGCAUGGACUUCUGAGUUGGGAAUUGAGAGUUCAAAUAGCUCUAGAUGUUGCAAGGGGUUUGGAGUAUCUUCAUGAUGGAGCCGUCCCUCCGGUGAUUCAUCGAGACAUCAAAUCUUCCAAUAUCUUGUUGGACGAAUCAAUGAGAGCGAGGGUGGCUGACUUUGGGCUUUCUAGGGAGGAAAUGGUUAAUAAGAACGUAACCAAUAUAAGGGGAACUUUUGGUUAUCUUGAUCCGGAAUAUAUCUCAACUCGAUCCUUCACCAAGAAAAGUGACGUCUACAGCUUCGGAGUUUUGCUUUUUGAACUUAUUGCUGGUAGAAAUCCUCAACAAGGUCUCAUUGAAUAUGUUGAACUUGCUGCGAUGAGUAGUACAGAAGGGAAGGUUGACUGGGAGGAAAUUGUGGAUUCAAAUCUGGAAGGGAAAUUUGAUUCUGAAGAACUAAACGACGUUGCAGCACUUGCGUAUAAAUGCGUUAACCGUGGCCCUCGAAAGAGGCCAGCAAUGAGGGACAUUGUGCAGGCGUUAUCUCACAUUAGCAAACAGGGUCAUAAUAAUAGAAAGCAUAAUCCAAUGAAGACAUUGUCGAUGACAACCGAUGAGGUAAGUAUCGACUUGGAUCAUAAGGAACGACACAACCGAGAUGAAUCGUUGGACAGUAUGACGACGGCUGACAACUUUGAACUUUAGAAGAAAAAUCAGAUUUAAUUCUUUUGUUCUUUAUAUGUUUUCCAUAUUCAUUGGACUCACUUGUAAAUUUCAGCUUGUGUUUGAGCUUGAGUUAAUUCUUUGUAAGGCGUUCAUUUUUCUCCCUUUUAUUGUAUAUGCAAGUUGUUGA